AUGUUACGUACAACUUUUCAUUAUAUUCAACGUCGUGCUUUUCACAAUACAAGUCGAUUAUUAAUUGCAGAAGGAGACAGAAUUCCUAAUGUCCAACUUCAAUUAAAGUCACCAGGAGAAACCAUCAUGACCCAAGACUUAUUUAAAGGGAAAAAGUCUAUUUUAUUUGGUGUUCCUGGUGCUUUUACUCCUGGAUGUAGCAAAAGUCAUUUACCUGGUUAUAUUCAACAUGCAAAAGAAUUAAAAUCAAAGGGAAUUGAUUUAAUAGCUUGUGUAUCUGUUAAUGACGCAUUUGUUAUGAAUGCUUGGGGUGAGCAAUAUAAUUUACAGGAUAUCACGUUAUUAGCAGACUCGAAAGGAGAAUUAGCAAAAGCUAUGGAUCUUUCCUUUGAUGCUUCAGGAGCUCUUGGAGGAUAUCGUUUCAAGAGAUUUGCUGCUAUUUUAGAUGAUGACAAAAUUGUUAAAGUAUUUAUUGAACCUAACAAUACAGGUCUUAGUGUUAGUUUGGCUGAAAAUGUUUUGAAAAAUUUAAGUUUACAAUAA